UUUUACUUUGCCUCAUUUCCGGUUCCCUUCUGUAUCCGGAAUUUCCAUUAGCUGUUUUGCUUCGCCGAAUUCUUUAUAUUUUCACCAAACGAACAGGAACCAGCAUCUAGUUAGCCUUGCAAAUAUCAGCACACCCAUUUCAGAAUCUGUGUGAUGGUAUGUCAGACAUGAUUGCGUUGUUCACCAGCACCUGAAUCGCACGCUGAUGCUCGGAGGUAAGUCCGAGUUUGUUGGCUCGUUACUUGGCUACGAGAAGGACCAUGAGUGCAUGAUUUUAUUUUCUUAUUGACAACAUUUAUCGACAGGUGAAUAAUAAUCUGCAAUUCGACCAGCAUCAACUCCUCUUCCUUGACAGCAUAAUGUCUCAUAAAAAAUACCCCUAUACGAGUACAGGGGACGACUUUCUGUCUCAUCAAGACAUGUAUCCAGAUUCAUAUCAGAGGCAGUACAGUUCGCAUCAACCAAGUUCUAGAUCCAUGUCUCAGGAGCAAAAAUGCUCUACAUCAUAUUCCGACAGAACUGAGGAAUCCCCUUUCCAUGUACCCGGGAUGGCUUUGUCAUUUCUUCACAGCUGUGGACUGGACUCAAGUGACAUUGCCCAUCUUGCUGAAAUUCCGGCGCAUCAAUUCACCGGUGAGACACUCUCCAAACUGCUUUCACAGAUCAAAGAACGCAAACUGUCCAGCAGUUCAUCAUCUAGGCCCAGCACAAGUCAGCCUCUUGAUGUCACCUCGACUUACUCCUGGGAGGGGAGCAGCCUCACCAAACCUGUUGAGUAUCCCAUCGAACUUCCUGCGCAACCGGUGUACCCUCUUCCUCCAGAGCAAGUUCAAACUUGGCAAGACCGAUGGGGGAAUCCUCGACAAGUUAAUUCUUUACCCACAAAUACCAGGAGUAAAAGCAGCAGUGUUUCAGACUACAGUGUGUCCAAGGACAGUGGCCCAUAUUGUGAUAUCAAAUCACCAGAAACCUCAUCACGCCCUUUUGUUGAUUCCGGACCGAGGCCUUUGCUUUCUCUGAAAUUAGAGCCCCCUUUUCCUGUGCCUCCAAGAAGGGAGACCUCAGACUUCAAUUGCAAAAUUCCCACAGCUUUUCCUCACGUGUGUUCUCUCUGUGACCUCUCUGUGCGUUCUACAAAGGACUGGAGUUUUCAUGUUCAAGGUAGUGAGCAUACAAAAAAUCAGCUUAAAUUAAUGAAAAGGUACCCAAAGUGGGCACAUUCUGUUGAAUCGGAAAUAAGGACUGAAAACGCUGAAGUUUACAAGGUACCAACCAAAACAGAGGCUUCAGACUUUAAUGGCGUCGUUCCCCCAGUUUUUCCAAACUUGUGCUCUCUCUGCAACAUCACUGUCUUUUCCGAAAAGGACUGGUCUGGACAUAUUAUUAGUGGCCAGCAUGCUAAGAGUCAACUUGACCUUAUGGGAAAGUACCCAGAGUGGGAUGGCACUGUCAAAUCUUCUAGAAGAAAUGAUGGUCACACCUUCACUCACAUAAGAGGUGCAGGAGCUUCUCCUGAGAAUGUAAAAAAUCCAAAUUCUCGAGUUGGGAGCUUCUCUCACACCCAUGGAAGAUCCAGCUCAGAGAGGCAGAGGGACUCUCCAAGUCCAAGAAGAUGUUCGUCAGAGAGGACUCAUUCUAGCACAAAGAGACAACACUCAUCAGAAAGGACUCGCUCCAGCCCCAAAAGAAGAUGCUUGCCACAGAAGACUUGUUCGAGCCCCGAAAGAAGACUUUCGUCAGAGAGGACCCACUCAUCUAAAAGUCAUCAGCAAGAAGUUCCUCAAAAAUCCAAGACAAGCUCUAGACCUUUCUCACAUUCAUACCUUUCCUCAAGCUCUCCUGCAGAAGUUAAAGCUACAAAGCCAAGCACAUUUAAAGAGAUAAAGAGAAGCGCAAGCAACGACUGUGUUAAAAAUAUGCAUUCAGACGGUGACCUUGAAGUGCUAGAAGCUAAAGCAGAUGAUGGUGAAGAAUCGGCACAUGAUAUUAAAGAUAAUAAGCCUACAACAUGCGACCAGGAGAAUGUGCCAUCAGAACCAAUUGGCAAAACAGACGCUCAUACACAGGAACAAGAAAAGACUGGAGAAGAAUCUCCAAAUGCUGGUAGAUCAGAAGCAUCAAAGAAUUUGAAGAAGGGCCAAACGUUUAAAGAGCAAGAAAUACAGAAGGUUGAGAGUGACAUCGAUGUUCCUCCUACGGAGUCUUCAUCCGUUGCAUCCUCUGCUGCUGUGUCUGAGAAGAGCCAAGAGCAGACUGAAGCCCCCACGCCUCCAACGGAGUCUGUUAAAAAGCUUCAAACCACUAUAGAUGCUCUCGGUCCAUAUGAGCCAAACGUCCCUGUGGGUGUGGAGUUUGUGAAGACGGGCUACUACUGUAGAGUAUGCUUCGUUUUUUACUCCAGUGAAGACACUGCCAAAACGAUGCACUGCAGUAGUCAGGCACACUACGAGAAACUCAAGAAACACUUGGAGAAAAACAAGGCCAAAGCACAGAGUCAUCGGGUGAAGAAUUGAAAAGUGAAAAAUGAUUGGUGAUAUAUUUGAUUUUGCAUGAGCUUCGGUUUGCUUAGUUCUCUCGUAUUGAAGGGCAGUUUUGUCUAUUAAUCAAGCAUCGUCUUUCUUACAUGUGUCAUUUAAAAAACUGGCCCCGUUUCAAAUAAAAGAGCCGAGCCAUUUUGUUUGUUGCUUGUUAUUAUUUUUUUGUUUGUUUGUGUUUACUUCGACUCAUGUUAACAGUAAAAACAUUCCUGAUGUAAAGACUUCAUGAAUACAAUCAUUUAAAAUA